ACACUGUGAACGGGGCCUGUGAUUAGUGAAGGCGAUGGAAGCUGUUCGAAUAGGAUACUGUUAUUUGUGUUCGUGUUAUUUAACCAUUUUACUUUCUAAUUUUGCAAUUUUCAAGCUGGCAUAUGCGACUGAUGAGAUUGGCACACAUAUACAAAGGAUCCAUGGAUCCUUGCCUUCACAAGAAUUCCAACAGCAUGACAUUACAGUGCCUUUCCAGCUAGUUAGCCGACAGAAGCGGCAUGUAGAUACUUUCACUGAGAGUGGGCAUUUGCCUGAAACAUCGUUUGUAUUCGAGGCAUUUCAGAAGACGUUCACAGUAGACCUCAGCCUAAACAGAGAUCUUUUUACAAGCAACUAUAUAGAGAAACAUUUCAUAUAUGGCAAACCUGUGAUAAGGAAUGAUAUCAAUCAUACAAAAGAGCACUGUUACUACCAUGGCCAAGUGCGAGGUAUACCAAAAUCGGCUGCUGCUAUAUCUACUUGCUCAGGAAUCAGUGGUUUUGUGGAUGAUGGCGAAGAGGCGUACCACAUUGAACCCGUGAAGGACAGUUCACACGGGCAUCACUUCGUGUACCGGACCUCUGAUCUCAUACCACAGAUAAAAAUAACAGGUUAUAAUGACACGGUGGAUGCGAUGCUAUUAAAUCUACCUACAGAUCGGAGCCAACUCUUACGAAGGAGGAAGCGCUAUGUACAAGGUCCAGACGAAAGCAACCAGUACUCCAAAUAUGUCGAGCUAUAUAUCGUCAAUGACAAGAGAGAGUUUGAAUCCUGGGACAGAGAUUUGAAAAAGGUCAUCACACGGUCAAAAGAAAUAGCGAAUGUAGUCAAUGCUCUGUACAAGCCGCUGAACACCUACAUUGCGCUGACGGGCGUCGAGGUGUGGACGCACGAGGACGAGAUCAAGCUGUCGGUGGAUGGCGACGAGACACUCUUCAGCUUUCUCACCUACAGGCAGGAGCGGCUCAUACCGAAGCACCCAAACGACAACGCCCAGCUCAUCAGUGGCAUGGUCUUUAAUGGAGGAGUGGUGGGGAAGGCAUAUAGAGGCCUCAUAUGCAGCUUUGAAUACUCAGCAGGUGUGACAAUGGAUCACAGUAGACUCGUGCUGCCAGUGGCUACGACGCUUGCACACGAGCUAGGUCACAACUUUGGCAUGGAACAUGACAUAGACAGCUGUGAAUGCCCAGAGAAGAAGUGCAUCAUGUCUCCCUCGUCUGGGUCUUUCAUACCAAGGCACUGGUCAGCGUGCUCCUACAGAUACUGGAAGAAGUCGCUGCGCAGGGAGCUUGACUACUGCCUGCACAACAAGCCGUAUCACAUAUUUGAGAGUCCCAUGUGUGGAAAUGGUUAUGUAGAGGAAGGAGAAACGUGUGACUGCGGGCUGCCGGAGUUCUGUGACAGCCCCUGCUGCAACGCGACGUCAUGCCAGAUCUACCCUAACGCCACCUGUGCGACGGGUAUGUGCUGUGAUCUGACCACGUGCAAGCACAAGCCACCCGCGACACUGUGCAGACAAGCUGUCAGUGAAUGUGACCUGCCUGAGUUUUGUCGCGGUGAUUCACUGAACUGUCCCGAUGACGUGCAUGUGCAGGAUGGAGAGGGAUGCGCAGCUGGCAAAGCGUACUGCUACGAUGGGACGUGCUCGUCACAUGAGAGUCAGUGCAAACGGAUCUGGGGACCGACUGGCCGGGUAUCAGCCUCAGAGUGCUUUGACCAUAACCUCCGUGGCACCGAGAGGGGCAACUGCGGUUACUUCCGCAACAACAAAACCUUCACCGCCUGCAUGCAGGAAAACAUCAUGUGCGGCUUGCUACACUGCACACAUCUGAACGAGCGCACAGAGCUGGGUAUGGAGUCCGUGACACGGCUCUCACGCUCCUUCAUACACUCUCAGCACGGCAGUGCUAUUCUACCCUGCCACACCGCAAUGAUAGAUCUCGGCUUGAACAAUAGGGACCCGGGACUCACUCCCAAUGGAGCCAAGUGUGGUGACAACAUGAUGUGCAUUAACGAGUCAUGUCAGAGUGUAGAAGAUAUAAAGAUAUUCCAGUGCCCUGAGCAAUGUCACAAUAAAGGGGUUUGCAACAAUAGAGGGCACUGCCACUGUAUUGAGGGUUAUUCGCCUCCACUAUGCGAUGUUCCUGGCUUGGGAGGAAGCAUCGAUAGCGGGCCACCUCUCACCAGCAUAAGACCCAGUCGACUGUUGGUCAUCCUACUGUGCCUUUUCGUCAGCAUUAGCUUUCUCAUAGUCGCAGUGCUAGUCGUCAUAUUUAAGCAUAAGGGACUGCGAGAUUGGAUGGUGCUGAACAGUGCAAAGAAGACGAAAAAGCAAGCCUUCAUGUCGUCGAGCAGCGUCGUAAAAACACCGAGGAAGACGCCGUCGAUGACGUCGAAGCCCAUCGCGUCGGUGCCCUCAUUCAAGAUGAACAACGGAGUGACGAGCCCGACGUGCGACGUGCCCGUGCGUCCGGCGCCGGCCGUCCCUCUGCCAUCGCGGCCGUCGUUCAACAAGGCCGACAUCGGGCGACCGGUCGCCAACGGCGUGGCGCCGUCCGCCGACCUGCAGCCGCUGCUGCCUCCGCCGCCGCAGCAGCAGCAUCACGCGGUGCAUCGAACGCACAGCGUCGCUCUGCCCGCGAAGCCGCACCCGCCGACCGUCGCCAAGUCGUACUCGCAGCGCGACGACGCGGGCGGCGCGAUGAGGCGCCCCCUGCUGCGACGCGGCAGCUCGUCGACGCCGGAGACGGACCGCCGCGACCCUCUGCCGCCCGUCGGCGGGCCGAUUGGCCGGCAGAGGGACCGAGGAGGAGGACCGUCGCUGCCGAGCUACGACCAGGCGGUCGGCGUGGUGGACGCGCAGGGCGACGGCGCGCCGGCGAGCUCGUUCGCGAGGUACCCGUGGUCGCGGAAGCCCCACCAGCACGGGAUGCUGCCGCACGGCGCGCUCGCGGAGGAUGACGAGGAGGCGGCGGGCGCGCACGCUGCAGUAGCCAACUCGCUGAGCGGAGACAUCGACGAGGCGCUCCUGCAGAGGAACAUACCGCCGGUGAGACCGCUGCCGAAGAUGAACCGGCCGCGGUCGAGCGCCGGCGAUCAGCAGCACGUCGCGCGGUCCCCGCCACCGAAGCCUAGUCCGCCGCGUCUCGGCGCCGCGGUGCAGCCGCACAACCCUCUGCACGUGCAGAUUUCAGCCAAAGAACGUCCCGCGCAGCCGCAGAGGCCCAGUCCCGUCUACUCGGCGAGCUCGGACGUGAUGCCGCUAGCCGGCGGUCAUCCGGCCGGGCGGGCGGCGUCUUUCGAUAGGGGCGCUGCAGCGCUCGGUCGCAGCGCACCCAGGAGAUCCGGCAGCGACAGAACUUCGCCGUACACCGCCGGCGCGACGAUGAAAUCCUUCAAACCGUCGCCGCCGCCGCCGCUGUCGUCGUCGAUGACGAGCUUCAAGCCGCCGCCGUCGUCGGCGCCACCUGGCGGCAGGAGCACGCUCGGCAGGAGCGCGAGCGUGGCGGAGGCGAGCCACGCGGGGGCGCCGGCGUCGGCGGUGCGGCGGAGCGCGAGCGCGCUGCCCAGCCAGCCCUCGCUGCCCGUCUACCAGAACGUGCCGCGGACGCUGAAGCGGUCGGCGUCGCAGCGACCGACAAAGCCGCCGCCGGGGCCGCCGGUGCCGCGGCGCGGGGGCAGCCUGACGCGCGACGCGUCACCGCCACGAGUCUACGGCGUCAGCGACGACGAGAGCGAGCACUACUACAACACGCGCGCCGGCGACAGCCUCUACUGCAACGACGUGCUGGGAGCGCGCGACACGCUGGCCGAGGCCGAGGAGGAGGAGGAGGAGGAGGACUACUAUCAGGACGUGCAGGCGCCCGACUGGUACAACGCGAACAACAACCACAAUGCUGUGCAGGAAACGGAGCUGAGUUGGCACACUGAGGUAGAGGGGACGAGAAAGAAAGGAAAGAAAUAG